GGUUCAAGGAGCUGGGAUGGCGGAGAAGAGCCCUGACUCCAGCGGCUCAGUUGACCAGUGUUCCGCCCUUUCUCCGGAACAGAGAAUGCAGUCACCUGGGAUCGGGGCAUCCAAAUGGGUCCGUCUGAAUGUCGGUGGGACAUACUUUCUCACAACGAGACAAACGUUAUGCCGAGACUCAAAAUCCUUCCUGUACCGUCUGUGCCAGGCCGAACCCGACCUCGACUCUGACAAGGAUGAAACGGGUGCCUAUUUGAUAGACCGGGACCCAACGUACUUUGGUCCAGUGCUCAACUACCUGAGGCAUGGAAAACUGGUGCUCAAUAGAGGCCUUGCCGAGGAAGGUGUACUGGAAGAGGCUGAAUUCUACAAUAUCCCUUCUUUGAUCAGGCUAAUUAAAGACAAAAUCAGGGAGAGGGCCUGCAAAACAGUUCAGCUCCCUAUAAAACAUGUCUACAGAGUAUUGCAGUGCCAAGAAGAGGAGCUAACACAAAUGGUUUCCACCAUGUCAGAUGGUUGGAAGUUUGAGCAGUUGGUCAGUAUUGGCUCCUCAUAUAACUAUGGAAACGAAGACCAGGCAGAGUUCCUGUGUGUUGUCUCUAAGGAGCUACAUAACCAAUCAUACGGCACAAGCAGUGAACCAAGUGAAAAGGCCAAGAUUCUUCAAGAACAAGGCUCUCGAAUGUGAAGAGACUGUUCAGUCCUUAGGAUUGCGUCCUACUAUGAUGUCCAGAUAUAAAGACACAAACUACAUCACAUUCUGAGGAGCGUUAUGGCACGCUGAAGAAGCUGGCUAACUGCAGUCUACACAUUGUACACACCAUUUUUCUUUUCAGACAUCAAAUCAAAAUGUGCAAAACGAUAGCAUUACUCAGUUUUUGGGCCUACGUAGUAAAACAGGACUGUAGAUUUUCACACAGAGAGAAGGGCCUUAUCACUUAUCAUAUUGUCCACAGCAUUUAUACUUGGUCCAUCAUUUACUCAGGGUCUCUAAUAGUGUUUUGGAAGAUGCAUUAGGUGUGCACUGUCUGGUGGGACAUUAUUUCAAACAUCUGUGUGUACUACAUUAUGCCAGUCCUUCACAUACAAAAAUCAAACCUCUGAGAAAUUAAUUGGAAAGCAUGUUUUAAAAGUUAAAUAUUUAAGACUAUUUAUAUGGAGUUGUAUAGAUUCAUACUGUCUUGUUAGAGGCGAAGACUGUAUUGAAAGUUUAUUUUUAUUUUUUUUACAUAUCUUUAAACCGAUUAUUUAUGUCCCUUCCAAAUAUCCCUUCAACCUGCACAUUAUCAGUUUUUUUGGAAGGAGGACAUUCUUAUAACUACUUCUACCAGGGUUCUUGUAUGAUAAUGAGGUUGAAGUGAUGUUAGGGAAUGCCAGAUGUUAAAGGACUAAAACUUGUCUUCCA